AUGUCUCACGGAAACGUUAUUGCCAUCACCACCAAGGCCGAGUUCGAGGAGAAGGUCCUCAAGGCCCAGGGCCCCGUCGUCGUCGACUGCUUCGCCACCUGGUGCGGUCCUUGCAAGGCCAUCGCCCCCAAGGUCGAGGAGUUCAGCAACACCUACUCCGGCGCCAAGUUCUACCAGAUCGAUGUUGAUGAGCUGUCCGAGGUUGCUGCCGAGCUCGGUGUCCGUGCUAUGCCCACUUUCCUGCUCUUCAAGGACGGUCAGAAGGUCGAUGAGGUCGUCGGUGCCAACCCCAAGGGUCUGGAAGUGAAGGUCCAGUCUCUACUUGCUUAG